AUGUCUCUGGCUUCCCAAUUCCAUCAUGCCCUUCGCGUUCUGGGCUUGGAAUACGGAUCAGCUCUUCUGUUAUUGUUGAUCCCGAUCUUUUCCCUGUUAAUCUAUAUCCUGGUCAACGAAUUUGUUCGUUAUUCUACUCGUAUUCCGAACCUACCAGGUCCCCGAGGCUACCCAUUGCUUGGAAGCCUUCCAUCACUGCGUGGCAAAAUCCCAGCCGAAGAAUACCGUCAGUGGGCGAAACGCUAUGGUGAUGUUUUCCAGCUCCAAUUGGGGAAUACGACAACUGUUGUCGUCAAUAGCGCUGCUGCGGCCAGAGAUUUCUUCAUCUCGCAACGCAACGCAACAAACGGCCGUCCUCGUUUCUAUGUUUUGCAUAGCAAAGUCCAGAAAGGGAACGCUGUGACUAGCAUUGGAACAAGCGAAUGGGACCACAGCUGCAAAAGGCGACGGAAGGUUGCCGCUACAGCACUCAACAAAACAAGCGUCGAGAGCUACUUACCAGUAUGACAAUCCUGUACAAGCCAUUGAUAGAGAAAGCGGACACUGGACUGAUAUUGAUAGAUUUUGAACCUUGAAUCUCGAGCAUUUCUCAACGACCUGCUUGCGGCCUCGAAAGGAGGAACUCAGACUUCCACCAACGUCCUUGAUAUAUGCCAGAAGUUUGCUUUGAAUCUUAGUUUGACUCUAAGCUAUGGUACACGGUAUGUUUUGUUAGCUAACUUCCUGAAAGUAUGUUGCUAAUGCUAGAAAAGUGCCGAGGAUGUCAAAGAUUUGCAUAACAACAUUCUUCUCUCCGAAAUUCUAUAUAUCGAGGAAAUGAUUACUAAAUAUCGCGACGUUUCUGGGAACUACCUAAACUACAUCCCAUUGUUGCGCCCUUUUAGUUCCGCAGCCGAGUUCCUUGGGUUUUCCAAGGGAGAAAAAAUAAUGGCCGAUAUUGGAAAGCGGCGUUAUGCUUAUCAUGCUCUCUUGCAAAAGAAUUUGCGAGGAGAAAUUGAUUUGGGGGUUGAUAAACCAUGGUGAGUAUCGCCAUGUAACUAGUAACGAAUGAUCUCGCUGACAAGUUGACAAAGUAUCCAGGGAAAUGUCCUGAAAGAUCCCGAUAGUAAGGGGUUGACAGAGGGAGAGCUCUUGAGUAUCAGCAUGAGCAUGAUGGCCGGUUCAGAUACCACGAAACGCUCCCUGCUCUGGGGCUUGCAGUUGCUAGCAAACAGGCAAGACAUCCAACAGAAAGCGUAUCAUUCAAUCAUCGACGCCGGAGACAACAUCGCGUUAGCACCUGACGUCGCACACACUCGGAUUGAUUACAUAGACGCCCUGACUAAAGAAAUCGGGCGAUACUUUGUGGUUUUGCGACUUGCCCUGCCAAAAGCUACUCAUGGACAUGUCAACUGGAGCGGCGCCAGUAUUCCACCCAAAACUCUUCUGUUUUUGAACACAUGGGCCUGUUCUCGAGGUAAGAGCACAAGAUUAUGGGCAAGAGCACAGUUAGGCUGACUGGAACUUUGAAGAUACGGACGUAUUUGCGGACGCAGACGUCUUCGAUCCCGAGAGGUGGCUCGAGGGUGAGGAUGUUCAUCGGCAUCAAUUUGCCUUCGGUAUGGGUGGUCGGAUGUGUGUGGCAAGCCAUGUUGCAUCCAAGGCUCUCUACACCGUAUUCCUCCACCUCGUGGCACAUUUUCGCGUCUUACCUGCUGGUGAUGUGUGUAACCCAACUACAUGGGAUCCGUUGGAAGGAUUGUUGUCCAAGGGAAAUCACCAGGCUGCCCCAGCAUUCACGCAUGUCAGAUUGGUACCAAGGAACUUGGAGACAACGAAGAAAAUGCUCUCGGUGAAGUCAUAGAAUUCUGAACAUAUCUUUUAUCGUAUUAAUCACUGUCCAAGUCGUCCUUGUUGUCUACUUAACGCGUGGCUAAUGCAAUUUCCGAGCUUAUGUUCAAUGUCCUGCAGGUUGUAAGAUUGCGGGUAUUUCAGUAAAUUUUCGUGCCACUUUCGUGGAAUGGGUGUGACGACCAGUGGUUGCAAGCGAAGUGAACUUUUGGAAAAAAGGAUCCAAUAGGAUCGAGUUUCUGAGACAGUGUCCCAGGUAUAUUGAUUCAUGUUCGGGGGCCGCUUGAUUACCACUGGGGUGAAAUAAUCGUUAGAUCUCACGUCAAAAGACGGUUGACACUGUUUCUUGGCAAUUGUAAAUUUUCUCUCUCUCAAAAGAAGAAGACCACUCACGACUGCUCUGCUGGUUGUUGCAUUUGGAACAAGUUUAGGUACACGGAUGUAUCAUGACGCGUAGGUGCUAUGCUACGUUCUGGCAUUCUUCCUAGAGGCAAUCAAUGCACGCAAGGCUGCAGUACCACCACAAAACAGGGAAAGAAAAGAACUUUGGAAAUCCCUAGGUUGGGGGCGUGGUGCGGCUGAGCACGGCUUUUGCAUGCAGGCCGCAAGGGAUAGCAUCCGCCGGCAGACACUUCAUAACCCCCCUAACUUCGGUCUUGUUCCUUGAAAUCAUUCUUCGUUUCCUCUCAUGGAUUUUCCAGCAAUGUGGUCUAAAAUCCUGCCGCUCUUUUGUCUCCUCUGUGGCCUUGUGGCCGCCGAUGGUGGCCCGCUGUAUCGGCGGCGGGCAUAUCACUCCAGUCCGGCAUCCCUUCCUAGUUUUUCCAUACCAGUGAGCUAAUUCUAUGCAGUCGCGGUCCUGGGUGAUUACCUUUUUGUUGAUGGCGGGGAGAUUUCGGAAUAUAUCGAUGGUGUAAAGGAUGAGGGGAGGAACAUUUCCGAGGCUGGUAUAUCAUCCAAGGUCCUAUGUUUUGGUCUGAGUGCAAGCUGACAACAAUAGUGAAAAACACAACAUUAAUCCCGUUGAACUCGAAAUGGACGCCUAGUACUGUACACAACCUUUACCGAUAUGUCGAAUACCCUGAUGAAAUUCAGCCAUCCCGAGACUUUAUCCUCUGGACGAACCCAGACAAGAACAAAAUGUAUAGAUGGGCGGGAACACCAGCCCGCGGUUAUUCGAUACAAGACAGAAUAUACAAUAGCAUGGGGGUGUUAGUAGACGCUGGGAAGGAGGGCAUGCAAUGGAAGACCACUCCAGCAAAUGAGCAACAGCACCCUCCUGGGGUAGAUGGGGCACCGACGUCCUGUGAUGGCCUAGGCCUCUAUUUCAGCGGCUACACUACCAAGACUACAAUUAACGACAAAACCAAAAACGGUAUUAUAUUCGAGGGGAUGUUGACAUAUAACAUGACAGACUCUACGUGGGGAAGAAGCCAGAACACAACCUUGGAUCUAGACAGUCGAAGAAAUGAGAUGGGAGAAGCGAUAUGCAUCGAAGGACUACUUGAUAGCCCCUUGGCGCUGAUGCUUGGUGGCUCCUGGAAAAACGAGACCGACAUCGCUCAGUGGAACAACUUCACUCACGUCACUUUGUACGACCCUCACAGUCAAACGUGGUAUGAUCAGCAAACAACAGGUGCCGAACCAGUGCCGCGCGAUUAUUUCUGUGCGGUUGGAGCAAAAAGUCAGAGUGGGACGUACGAAAUGUAAGUCUUGACUUCAUCCAAACCUCCAAUGCAUCACGUUGAUGGUGGCCGGUGACGGACGUUUUUUAACGCGACUUAAAUAAAUUGCUAAUGUUUAUUCUCCCAGCUUUAUCUUUGGAGGCAAUGGCCCACCUUCCGGGGUUCAGAAGUUGUGUAUCCUCUCUCUCCCUGGAUUUUACUGGUUCUGUCCGAAGGAGCUUGGAUUCGACUCAGAUAUACGGACGCGUCAUAGAUGCGCCCGUAUAGGAAAUCGACAGAUGGUAUCAGUGGGUGGGCUUGGGUAUUGGUUGGUAACAAACAAGACCUGGCAGUCGCCAGAUACAUGGCCCAAUGCCAUCGGCAUAUUCGACCUCACUGAGCUGAAGUGGAAGGAGGAGUAUGACCCUGACGCCCAGCCUUACGAAUCACCACAAAUUGUCCAAGAGUGGUACGCUAAAAAGUGAGUAUUCUUUUGCCUCUAAGAUGUUAUGUGCGUCUCACAGUUUCAGGGAUCGUCAACCAGUGGCUUGGGCCAGCUCCCAACUGGAAGCCUUAUUCAACAAAAGUGAGUAAUGCGUCUUGCCAUGUCAGUUUGCGAAUGGAUGGCUGAUCACCCAAGACUCGAGCACGGACACUACUCAAACCAUGGCCGCUCCUACGAUGACAGACUCGCCAAAAAAUGAUUCGGAUACUAAUAAAUCACGCAGUAUUGGACCCAUCGUGGGAGGUGUCGUUGGAGGCGUGGUAUUCCUGGCAUUACUAGUCGCCGGUUUGUGGUUCCUCAAACGCCGCCGCGCUCCAGAAAAUCUCCCCGUGCCCACAAACAACCAGCAGCAUGAGCAAUAUGAGACUAAGCCUGACUACCAGCUUGGAGGCCAUCUAAAGCCUUCUGAGGGUGAGCUUGACGGGACAAUGCGGUCAGAGCUUGGAUCCGGGAUGACAAGCCCUCUCUCUGAGCCUUACACGCCACAGCCUGAGCUUGAGGUACCAGCUCCACUUGAGCUUGAGGGAUCCUUGUCAAACACAGCUGCCACCAGGACUGA